UAGACGAGAUAAAUACAGGCUGGUUGUUUUAUUUAUUUUUUCUUAAUGUUUGUCAAAAUAAAUAGGCUGGUUAUAAUUGGAAGAACUCGAGAAAUAUCCCGAUAAGGGUUACGGUACGCGUUUCGCCGGUGUUUUUGGGGGUGUUCUGGCUAAGCGCCGCGAGCGAACGAGAGAAAUCGGGGAGAGGGAGAAGAGAGCUUAGUAGAGAGAGAAAAUCAGCGCUAGGGUUUCCCAUAAUCCCUAAAAUUUUAAAGGCUACGAGUGUGAGUGGAGAGGAAGAAGAGAGAGAGAGGUGAGUCGUCGAGAGCUGAGCGAGAAUUCGAGGAGGAGGAGGAAAGAGAGAGAGAAAAGAAGAUAGUUUCAGAAUUUGAGGUUGUUUCUUCGCUCGUGUCUACUGCAUUGCAUUCCAGCUUUUUAGGGUUUUUGGUCUGCUGCGUUUCAGUUCUUCAUCACCAUGGAGAGAAAGCUUGUGGUUCUCGGUAUCCCAUGGGAUGUCGACACUGAUGGGUUGAAGGAGUACAUGAUUAAAUUUGGUGAACUGGAGGACUGUAUUGUUAUGAAGGAACGUAAUUCUGGCAGAUCACGUGGCUUUGGCUAUGUCACCUUUGCUUCUGAUGAUGAUGCUAAGAAAGCACUGUCAAGCGAGCAUAAACUUGGCAACAGAAUGCUGGAAGUAAAAGUGGCAACCCCAAAAGAAGAGAUGAUGCGUUCGUCCUCAAAAAAGAUAACCCGAAUAUUUGUUGCAAGAAUAGCUCCAUCUGUUACUGAAUCUAAUUUUCGGAGCCAUUUUGAGAAAUAUGGAGAGAUCACUGAUCUUUACAUGCCUAAGGAUCCCACCACAAAAGGCCAUCGUGGAAUCGGGUUUAUUACCUUUGCUAGUUCAGAAUCAGUUGACAGCCUGAUGACCGAUACUCAUGAAUUGGGAGAUUCAACUGUUGUAGUUGAUCGAGCAACGCCCAAGGAAGAUGAUUUCCGGCCGUAUAGCAGAGUUCCCCAAGGUAGCCAUGGUGGCGGCCGCGGAGGCUAUGGUGGCAGCCGUGGAGGUCAUGGCAGCCAUGGAGGUCAUGGUGGUGGCCAUGGUGGUGGCCAUGGCGGAUAUGGUGCAUACACUGAUUAUAUUAGUGCUACUACAAGAUAUGCAGCACUUGGUACUCCUACCUUGUAUGAUCAUCCGGGUUCUCUUUAUGGAAGGGAGCCAAUUAGAGGGGUUGGGAGAAAGAUAUUUGUUGGAAGGCUUCCCCAGGAAGCAACUGUUGAAGAUCUUCGCCAGUAUUUUGGUAGAUUUGGGCGCAUUUUGGAUGUUUAUAUCCCCAAGGAUCCCAAGAGAUCUGGGCAUCGUGGUUUUGGCUUUGUAACAUUUGCUGAAGAUGGUGUUGCUGAUCGUGUUGCUAGACGGUCUCAUGAAAUUUUAGGACAGCCGGUUGCCAUAGAUUCAGCUACCCCAGUUGAUGACGCUGGUCCCAGUGGCAGCCUAUUAAUGGACAAUCCUGAACCUUAUGGCAGUUAUGGUCCUGUUCGUAGUAGUUAUGGAAGAAUGUACUCCAGCCUAGAUUUUGAUGAUUGGGGCGGCUAUGGCUUCCAAAGCAGUUCAAGGCCACCUCCAAGAGCAGCAGACUGGAGGUAUCGUCCAUAUUAGACUGGUGUCCCAAAAACAUCACUUGUAGCUAAACCUGAUAGAAUUCUUGAAAGGUGGUUCGACCCUUUGUCAAGGGUAGUGGAGUUUGUUUGUGAACUUUACAGAUUUUACUUUGGAGUAUUUGGUUGGUUAAAGUAGGAAGUUGCCAUUUCACCAUUUUCA